AUGAAGAACUCGGUAUCGGACAGGAACCUGUAUGCGGAGGACACCGACGUGGACGAUGACGUCGUCAACGAGGAGGAGGAGGAGGAAGAUGGCGUUCUGGAGGAUGGAAGCAAGGCCGGCUACGACUCCGAUCCGUCGGAGUCGUCCUCCUGCGGCAGCCCCCGCCGGAGCAGGCCUAACUCCUACACCACCUCCUGGCCCCAAAGUUACAGGUAAAGUAGAUUCCAAACUCUGAUGAUACGAAGAAAACCUCCGGCAAGCGUUGUCAUCUCUCCGGCGUGAUCUCUCCAAACGCCGGCCGUCUGGCACAAUGGCGCCGUCUCCCCUGAGGAAGAAUGUCAGGGGAUCUGGGAUGGGGAUGGGGUUCCCUAGUUCUCCAUUUCUAGCCGGCUGUCUCAGCCAUGAACAAGGUGAGGGGGGGGGGGACUACCAGCCGAGAACGGCCUUCUUUCUUUGCAACCCUUCGAGAUCCGAGGAGAACGCGCUGGAGCGAGGUUCCCAUCCAGAUGUUUCUUCGUGAGAAUGUGGGCCCACUAAAUAGCAUAAUCAUUUAGAAGGUAUUAAGGGGAGUUCAGGGUUUCUGACGUGGCACGCCGAUCGGGCCCCACUGUCGACAGUAUUAAAUGGAAGUAUGGCAGAUGGAGGUACUUGUUGUCUUAAAGAGACAAAAAGAGGGGGUCCAGCCCAAUAACAGAAGAAAUCCUCCGCGAGCUUACUUUUUUCCCAAACGCAGUGAAAAGGGCCAUAUUUUUUUAUUGUUUCAUCAAUUCUCAUGAUAUAAUAUAUGAACAUGAAGGUGCGAUCAUGAUAUCGAAAAUCCUGAAAUCUCCCGGAUCUACUGGUUUUUCUGACGUCGCCGUCGUGUUCGAUCCUUCUAUGCAGGCAGUCCAUUGAUAUAUACAGCAGCGUGACGCCGCCCACAAUUGGGUUUCUGGGGACGCCGACGCUGACCAGACUGAGCAGCUCCUUCCUCAGCACCUCGUUCAGGGGGAAGCACACUCCAGAGAUCAUAUCGUCCCUCAUCAAGCCUCUGCUACCCACUUCCGCACCAGCUACAGAGCAGGAGAGACACCAUCGGCGGAGCUCCCACGCGCUGCUGCCCCCCCUCAUCCCCUCCAAGCACAGGACCGCCAAAUCUUCUCAGGAGUUGCCAUCGGCCUCCCGCCAGUGCUCCUACAGCCAAGCGGUUCUAAAUGGUACGCCUCCACCCUCCGUGCCCUCGAUUCCUUCAUUCGGCAUUGGGGAUCCUACUUCUCCAUCACUAGCUCUGGAGACUAAAAAAUGCAUCGUUUGUCGUGGGCCUUUUUCUCUUUCUCCUCUAGAGCGGUAUGCACCCAAGUCUAGAGCGGUAUACCCUCUAAUCUCUCUUCUGUCUCUAUAUUGCGGAUCUCCAGUUGUCUUCUGUCCUCCAUCUCAUGGAUUUCUGUCGCUGUCAUGUGUCGUUUGGCAUUUGCACAUGGAAGAUGAGUCACCUGUACAGUGCGGCGGGGUCAGAGACGCCCACGGCUCGGUUCUCCGUCUCCCACUCACUAUAGAGAGAGAAAGAGAGCGAGCUCAGUUAGGUCGGGGGGCUGCCGUCGUCUCCACAGUCUUACAUCUGUUGAGAAAACAAUAAAUGUAUCGUUAUCUAUGCGCCCAUGCCGCCCGCUGUCGAUCAAGUUUGAGGCUUACUUUGAUUAUUUCACAUGCGGAGACAGAAGAUGAACCCUAGCGAUCGAUCCUUCUGACGGCCGCCGUGGCUCGCGCUUCUCUGGCUCUGUGCAGGAAUGAACGUGCUCUGCGGGGUGGGGAUCCUGUCCACGCCGUACGCGAUCAGAGAAGGUGGUUGGGUGGGGCUCUUCGUCCUCUUCGUAUUCGCGGUGCUGUCCUGCUACACCGGCAUCCUCCUCCGCAGAUGCAUCGACAGCGAACCAGGCCUCGAGACCUACCCCGACGUCGGCCAGGCAGCCUUCGGCACCGUCGGCCGUGUCUUCAUAUCGGUACUCCGUCAUCUCUCUGUGAGUGAAUUCGAGCUCUGCGCCACCAAGCUAACUCGUCUUCUUCCUCUCUUGCCCGACGCAGAUUGUUCUGUACGUCGAACUCUACGUAAGCACUCCUUCUGAUCAACUCCAACGCACACUUCGCAUCAAUGAACGGAGCAUCACAUCUCGUCUGUCUGUUGUUGUUCUUCCAGGGCUGCUGUGUGGAAUACAUAAUUCUAGAGAGCGACAACCUGUCCUCCCUGUUCCCCCACGUCCAUCUCGACCUUGGUGGCUUCCACCUCAACGCCAAGCUGAUCUUCGCCAUCAUGACCACCCUCAUAGUCCUCCCCACCACCUGGCUCCGCGAUCUCAGCCUCCUCAGUUACAUCUCAGGUGACGCGAUCUCUGCUGGUUCUCUGAAUCGAGACAUCAUCUCCCCAUGGGCAUGCUCCAGUAGUUCUUCCUUGUGUCUGCAGUCGGGGGAGUCAUUGCUUCGAUAAUGGUGGUCGCGUGCUUGUUCUGGGUCGGGGUCGUUGACCAAGUCGGAUUCACGCACAGAGGGACAUUGAUUGACCUCAAGGGCUUCCCCAUCGCCCUCGGGCUCUACGGAUACUGCUUCUCGGGCCACGCCGUCUUCCCCAACAUCUACUCCUCGCUCAAGAAUCCCGACCACUACUCCUCAGUCGUGUUCACCACGUAAGCUCUUUCUCUCUCCCAUCAUCAUUAUCCUAAAAAAAUAUCAUUUUUAUCUUUUUUUUCCUCCAAUAAUUUCUUUUAUAAAAGAUUUGCGGUCUGCUCGGUGAUGUUCGCGGGGGUCGCUGUGAUGGGCUACAUGAUGUUCGGGGACUCCACCGAGUCUCAGUUCACCCUCAACAUGCCCCACGAGCUGGUCGCUUCCAAUGUUGCCGUGUGGACAACGGUGAGGACUUUUCUUCCACUUUUAGAAAAUAAUUACAAGGUUAAUGAUCUAAUUAAUCCAGAACCCUUCUCUCUGUCUUGCAGGUCGUGAACCCGAUAACCAAAUAUCCUUUUUAGUCAACCCCCCCUCCCCCAAAAUCCCUCUUUUGUACGGUCCCUCAGGUCAACGCUCUCUCGGUUUCCUUAAUGAGGCUUACAUAUGCGUUGACUCUCACCCCCUUGGCGCUGAGUCUGGAGGAGCUGAUACCCUCGAACCGCCUCAAGUCUCACGCUUAUCCGAUCAUGAUCAGAUCCGCUCUGGUCAUCUCCACACUCUUCGUCGCCCUCUCGGUGCCCUUCUUCGGUAAUCCUCCCCGCCCUCCUCGCGUCGGUCAAACUCUCCCACUAAUCGGCGUUCUAAUCGCUUUUCAGGGCUCGUGAUGUCGCUGAUCGGAUCCCUCCUCACCAUGCUCGUGGUGAGUUUUUUUUUUCACAGCUCUUAUAGAGCCACGAUCAAAUCCCUCACAGCCGUUGACCUGGAGACUGAGGCUGACUUUCUGACUCUAUAUCCCGCAGACUCUGAUUCUCCCGUGCGCCUGCUUCCUGAGCAUUCUCAAGGGCAGAGUGUCUUGGACAGAGGUACGCUUCCUCCACCCGAAAAGAUCGAUAAAUCCGGAAUUAUUAAAUCGAAAAUGCGUUGACUUUCCGCUCUUCUCCCAGGGGUCAGUCUGCAUCUUCAUCAUCGUAGUGGGGGUCGUGGCUUCCAGCGUAGGCACGGUCUCCUCGGUCUCGAGGAUUAUACAGAGUUUAGAGGGUUGA